ACAUGUAUAGCAUGCAAAAAAACUACAGACAUAUGGAGUAUAUGAUCGUUUAUUGUUGCUUUGAAAAACACGAUUUGAUAAGAGACUCGUGUGAGCUAAUGUGUGUAUGGAUACAAGACUUGACAUUAAACUGUGCUUUAAAAAAAUACUAGGCUACUAAAUAGUACGCAGUGCAUGCUGCACAAUUUAAACCCAUCCCUACUAUUGAUAAAAGUAGUAGGAAGAUGAUGGAGUUUUUGGACGCUCGCUUCUUCACCCCCUCCUUCUCACGUAGAGGCCUACGCUCCGUUGGCCAAUCAACUCUCUCUCCUCCAGAUAUAAGAGCGCCCCAACUUUUCGUCCCAACUCAACUUUUUUUGUCGCGUAAAAACCUGGAGACAUUUUUUUUUCACCCGCUUGUUCUCGUAGUUGAACCUUUUUCAUCCAGAGCGCAUUGUCCCAACGCAACCCAAUGAGGGAAUAAACGCGCCGUCCUGACGCGCAUCGGAAGUAAAGAGAUGCCCGAAGAAGCGGUGCAAAGCGGAUCAAGCUGCCCCGAGUCUCCGGCGGACAGCGUCCCGAGCAGCAGCGAAGGCGAACUCGAGCAGCACCCGAAGAAGAGCGUGCGGAAAAGACGCUCGAUCCGCAAGGACGCGGAGGAUUCGGACAGCUCUUUACCGGGGAAGAGAGGCAAGAAGUCGAGCAGCGGGAGCGGAGGAAGCAGCGGAAGCCCGCCGUCUCUCGAGGAGCUCCACUCGCAGCGUGUCAUGGCGAACGUGCGCGAGCGCCAGAGGACGCAGUCCUUGAACGAGGCCUUCGCCGCGCUGAGAAAGAUCAUCCCCACUCUCCCCUCGGACAAACUCAGCAAGAUCCAGACGCUGAAGCUCGCCGCGCGCUACAUCGACUUCCUGUGCCAGGUCCUGCAGAGCGACGAACUCGACUCAAAGAUGGCAAGCUGCAGCUACGUGGCUCACGAGCGCCUCAGCUACGCGUUCUCCGUGUGGCGCAUGGAGGGCGCGUGGUCCAUGUCUGCGUCUCACUAGCGCGCGCCGGUACACGGGACGACUCGGGACGCUGGACGGUGACAGUCGUCUUUGCUGACAAGGCAAAAGUGGAGCGGUGUUUGUAAACAAUGCUGGAUACUUUCAUUUUAUUAAAAUCGGGGAAAGUCUUUUUUUUUUUUUUUUUUUAUGGACGCUUUAGCAGCGACUUUGUGGAAAGCAGGCCGCAGACGAUGCCUUGUGAGGCGCCUGGCCCCAGAGUUUUGACGCUGAAUGUCGGAAAUGUGUGUCACGAUGCGCACUUUUACCACGAAAAACGGAGGAAAUCGCAAACAUGCAUCCAGGAGCUAUUUCAGAAGUUUGUUUUUCGGUACUGAAGCCAGUUAGGACAUGUAGCUCGAACUUUAUUUAUUUAUUAUUGACACGAGUUGUCAAAUGUGCCAAAUGUGUUUCUGUGUCGAAAUGAAUCACUAUUUUAUUACUUUUGUAAAUAAAUGUGCAUUUCUGUAUAAUAAAAGUGACGGAUUUUUAAAAGAA